AUGAAGUUUCUGCAAGUAAUGAUGUUGGCAUUGUCAAGUGUUGUCAUGGCCAUACCUCUGGAAAAGCGUGCAGCAAGCAAAUCCAGCUCUUUCUAUUAUGGACAUGAUAUUUCAUCUCUUCCCAUGUUGGAAAAUAAAGGUCAAAAGUACUAUCUUAAUGGAGCCCAGGAAGCUUUCGACAAGAUCUUGAUUUCUGGCGGUGCCAAUUUCGUUCGUUCAAGAAUCUGGGUCAAUCCAUCUGAUGGUGUGUAUGGAUUGGAUUACAAUCUCGCUUUAGCCAAGCGUAUCAAAGCUGAGGGAUUAGGCUUCUAUCUUGAUUUCCAUUAUUCAGAUACUUGGGCGGAUCCAAGCGCUCAAACUAUUCCCAGCGGAUGGCCAACCGAUGUUUCCAAUUUAUCAUGGGAGGUUUACAAUUACACCAAAGCUACAGUUGAAGCCUUUGUUGCUGCAGGUGUACACAUUGAUAUAGUUAGCAUUGGGAAUGAAAUCAACAAUGGUUUGUUGUGGCCCACUGGUACAAGCUCUUCUUUUUCAAAUAUUGCUCAAAUCUUACAUUCUGCUGCUUGGGGUGUUAAAGAUGGAGACUCAUCAGACACACCUUAUAUUUUAGUGCAUACAGCUAAUGGUUGGGAUGAGUCCACCCAGACAUGGUUUUACUCCAGUUUAUUGGCUGAAGGCAGUUUUCUUUUGACUGAUUUUGAUCUCAUUGGGUUUUCAUUUUAUCCUUUCUAUGGAACAUCUGCUACUAUUCAAAAUCUAGUGACUACUGCAAACAAAAUGAUCAGUUUAUAUGGAAAAGAUAUUGUUGUAUCCGAAACCGAUUGGCCCAAUUCUUGUUCAGGUGUGACCCUUAGUGAUACUUCCAUUCCUGUUAGUGCAGCUGGUCAAUCCACUUGGGUUCAGGAUGUUGUUACUGCUGUGAAGGGAUUGAGUAGUGGCAAAGGCAAAGGUGUCUUUUAUUGGGAACCUGGAUGGGUAGGCAAUGCCGCUCUUGGUUCAAGUUGUUCCAGUGCAAUUUUGACAGAUAACUCUGGAAAUGCAUUAUCAUCUGUGAACAUGUAUUCCAUUUAUUGAUUGUAUUAUCAUCAAACAUCUUAGUGGUUUUUACUCUACAAUUAAUAAAAAUAGCUUUUUUUCUCCUGAUUCCAAAUAAAAUAUUUAGAUUGGCCCUUUCCAUUUUGAUCCACAUUAAGACAAAAAGAAAAAUCGAUCAAUUUAUCAUUCACUGCAACCCACAGAGCCAAUCUUCUAUCCUAAUAAACUGCUCUUCCAUAUGAAUCGAUAAAGUAAAUUUUCACACAAAUUUGAUUCCCAAUAGCUCAAAAGGAGUGUCAUCUACUUUAUUUCAUACAAGAUAUGAAGGAAAAAACAAGAUAAACUAAAAACUAAACUACU